AUGUUGGACCCGUCUUCCAGCGAGGAGGAAGGGGAUGAGAUCCUGGAGGUGGAGCACAAAGAGGUGGCGGCCCCGAAGAGCCUCGGAGGAGCCCGUCUGUCCCCGGGCCGAGCCGCCGACGGCCACGGCGGCGGAGGGCUCCAGCCCCGCGGCCGCGGGUGCGGCGGCGGCCGACCCUCCAGCCCCAGCCCGUCGGUGGGCAGCGACAAGGAGAAGGAGGACCUGGAGAAGAUGCAGAGAGAGGAGGAGGAGAAGAAAAAGAGACUCCAGCUGUAUGUGUUUGUGAUGCGCUGCAUCGCCUAUCCGUUCAACGCAAAGCAGCCUACGGAUAUGGCCAGAAGGCAGCAGAAGAUCAGUAAGCAGCAGCUGCAGACAGUCAAAGAGCGUUUCCAGGCAUUCCUCAAUGGAGAAACCCAGAUUGUGGCUGAUGAGGCUUUCAUCAAUGCUGUCCAGAGCUACUAUGACGUCUUCCUGAAAAGUGACCGAGUGUCCCGGAUGGUGCAGAGCGGCGGCUGCUCGGCCAGUGACUCUCGCGAGGUUUUUAAGAAGCACAUCGAGAAGCGGGUGCGCAGCCUGCCUGAGAUCGACGGCCUGAGCAAAGAGACGGUGCUGAGCUCCUGGAUGGCCAAGUUUGACACUAUCUACCGAGGUGAAGAAGACCCCAGGAAGCACCAGCAGAGGAUGACGGCCAGCGCCGCCUCCGAGCUCAUCCUCAGCAAGGACCAGCUGUACGAGAUGUUCCAGCAGAUCUUGGGCAUCAAGAAGUUUGAGCACCAGCUCCUCUAUAAUGCCUGCCAGCUGGACAACCCAGAUGAGCAGGCAGCUCAGAUCAGAAGAGAGCUGGAUGGACGACUGCAAAUGGCAGACCAGAUCGCUCGGCACGGUGGAAGGUUUCCCAGGUUUGCAUCUAGAGAGAUGGAGGCCAUGUACAUCGAGGAGCUGCGAUCCUCGGUCAACCUGCUGAUGGCCAACCUGGAGAGCAUGCCAGUGUCCAAGGGAGGAGAGUUCAAGCUGCAGAAGCUGAAACGAGGCCACAACACCUCCAUCAUGGACAUGGGCCAGGAGGACGAGAACACGCUGUCCAAAUCUGAUGUGGUGCUGUCCUUCACCCUGGAGGUGGUGAUCAUGGAGGUACAGGGUUUGAAGUCACUGGCUCCAAACAGGAUUGUUUACUGCACCAUGGAGGUGGAGGGAGGACAUAAACUGCAGACGGACCAGGCUGAGGCCUCGAAACCAACUUGGGGUACCCAGGGUGACUUUACCACCACGCAGCCGUUGCCUGCUGUGAAGGUGAAGCUGUUUACAGAGAGCACAGGAGUGCUGGCUCUGGAAGAUAAGGAGCUGGGGAAGGUUGUGCUCCACCCGACUCCCAACAGUCCCAAGCAGUCUGAGCUCCACAAGAUGACAGUGUCGAAAGGCUGUCCAGACAAUGACCUUAGGAUCAAACUGGCCAUUCGCAUGGACAAACCACAGAACAUGAAGCAUUGUGGGUACCUUUGGGCCAUUGGCAAAAAUGUGUGGAAAAGAUGGAAGAAAAGAUUCUUUGUGCUGGUUCAGGUGAGUCAGUACACCUUUGCCAUGUGCAGCUACAGAGAGAAGAAGGCUGAGCCCGUGGAGCUCCUCCAACUGGAUGGCUACACUGUGGACUACACUGACCCCCAGUCAGGUCUAGAUGGCGGUCGGACGUUCUUCAACGCUGUGAAAGAGGGUGACACUGUAAUCUUUGCCAGUGAUGAUGAGCAGGACCGGAUUCUAUGGGUGCAGGCCAUGUACCGAGCUACUGGCCAGUCACACAAGCCAGUUCCUCCCACCCAGGUCCAGAAACUCAACUCAAGGGGAGGCACAGCGCCACAGCUUGAUGCACCCAUAUCUCAGUUUUAUGCUGAUCGAGCCCAGAAGCAUGGCAUGGAUGAAUUUAUUUCAGCCAACCCCUGUAACUUUGACCAUGGCUCGCUGUUUGAGUUGGUACAGCGCCUCACUCUGGACCACAGACUCAACGACUCCUACUCCUGCCUGGGCUGGUUCAGUCCCGGUCAAGUGUUUGUCUUGGACGAGUACUGUGCCCGCUACGGCGUUCGAGGUUGCCAUCGGCAUUUAUGUUACCUGAGCGAUCUUCUGGAGAGGGCGGAGAAUGGAGCCAUGAUUGACCCUACCUUGCUGCACUACAGCUUUGCCUUCUGUGCCUCCCAUGUCCAUGGAAACAGGCCUGAUGGUAUUGGCACAGUGACCGUGGAAGAGAAAGAGCGCUUUGAGGAGAUCAAGGAGCGGCUACGAGUGCUUCUGGAAAACCAGAUUACACACUUCAGGUACUGUUUUCCAUUUGGACGGCCAGAGGGAGCGCUGAAAGCAACUCUGUCCUUACUCGAAAGGGUUCUGAUGAAAGAUAUUGUUACUCCGGUUCCACAAGAGGAAGUCAAGGCUGUGAUCCGUAAGUGCCUGGAGCAGGCAGCCCUGGUCAAUUAUCAACGCCUGUCAGAGUAUGCCAAACUAGAAGGGAAAAAGAGAGAGAUGUAUGAGCAUCCUGUCUUCUGCUUGGCGUCUCAAGUGAUGGAUUUAACCAUUCAGAAUGUAGGGCGGUUAGUCACCCCUGCCAAAAAACUGGAGGACACCAUUCGCCUGGCCGAGUUGGUGAUUGAGGUGCUUCAGCAGAAUGAGGAACACCAUGCGGAGGGAAAAGAGGCCUUUGCGUGGUGGUCAGACCUGAUGGUGGAGCAUGCAGAAACCUUCCUGUGUCUCUACUCAGCUGACAUGGAUGCGGCUCUUGAAGUUCAGCCGCCCGACAGCUGGGACAGUUUCCCCCUCUUCCAGCUACUCAAUGACUUCCUGAGAAUGGACUAUAACCUGUGCAAUGGGAAGUUCCAUAAACACCUGCAGGACCUGUACGCCCCCCUGGUGGUGCGAUAUGUGGACCUGAUGGAGUCCUCCAUUGCUCAGUCCAUUCACAGAGGCUUUGAAAGGGAAUCCUGGGAACCUGUCAAGAGUCUAACAAGCCCUCUGCCCAAUGUUAACCUCCAAAUGCCUAAAGUACCAAAUCUAACAGUGCCAAGUGUUAACAUCCCACAAAUGCCCAGCUUUUCUCCACCCAACUGGAUGACAGAUAAUUAUGAUUCAGACAAUGGCUCAGGGACAUCUGAGGAUCUCUUCUGGAAGCUGGAUGCUCUGCAGACCUUCAUCAGAGAUCUCCACUGGCCAGAGGAGGAGUUCUGCAAACACCUAGAGACUCGACUGAAGCUGAUGUCCAGUGACAUGAUCGAAUCCUGUGUAAAACGGACACGGGCAGCAUUCGAGGCCAAGCUUCAGAAGAGCAGCCGGGCCACAGACUUCCGCGUGCCGCAGUCCAUCUGCACCAUGUUCAAUGUCAUGGUGGAUGCCAAGGCCCAGUCCGCCAAGCUGUGUGCCAUGGACCUGGGACAGGAGAGACAAUACCAUUCCCAAAUUGACAAUCUUAUUGAAGAAACGGUGAAGGAGAUGACAACUCUGCUGGUUGCUAAGUUCGUGGUCAUUUUAGAGAGCGUGCUAGCCAAACUCUCCAGAUAUGAUGAGGGAACACUCUUCUCUUCCUUCCUUUCUUUCACAGUGAAAGCUGCCUCAAAGUAUGUGGACGUCCCUAAGCCAGGGAUGGACGUUGCUGACGGUUAUGUGACAUUUGUUCGCCAUUCCCAGGACAUGCUGCGGGAGAAGGUCAACGAGGAGGUGUACAUAGAGAGAUUAUUUGAUCAAUGGUACACGAGCACAAUGAACCUUGUAGGAACAUGGCUAACUGAUCGUAUGGACCUGCAGCUCCACGUUUAUCAGCUGAAGAUUCUCAUCAGGGUUGUCAAGAAAAAGUACCGUGACUUCCGCCUUCAAGGGGUACUGGACUCCACAUUAAACAGUAAGAUGUAUGAAACCGUGAGAAACCGGCUGACCUUGGAAGAAGCCACUGCAUCAGUGAGGGAAGGAGGGAUGCAAGGCAUUUCCAUGAAGGACAGUGACGAAGAGGACAAUGAUAACUAGAUCAAAAGCCCCGAAAACUACAAGAAUGUAUUUUCGAGGGUGACCAGUGUACUGCCUGAGAAUACAUGCAACCAUUCCGUUGGUCAGAACAGAUUGGCCUACCAUCCAACUUGUUUCCCUCCACUACUUGCUUCGUUUUCAUUCCUGUAGCAGUUCCACAUUUCUGUCUGAAUUAAUACAAGAAGAAUGUUUUUGUGUCACACUUGCAUGAUGCAAAUCUGUCCUAUCAAUGCUCUUGCUUCUGAAAUUCUCCAUGUUCCCCAAAUGUUCCAUCGAUUUCCCUUGAAAUGUGUGUCAAAUGAAUGUCCAGAAUAUCCAAAAGAGGCCCAAACACACAGGACUGUGAGACAAGCACAUAUGUGACCAUGAACACGCACCAUGAUUAAGAAAGGCAGGAAAUUGCUUCUAACAUCUUUUGAAGGCAAGAAAAACAUUAUGUUGUAUCUUCAUGUCGUGCUGCCUAAAAUGUCUACAAUCUUUGUAUGAGAACUUUCGUGUUGCUUGCCACGA